GGGCAAACCGGAACAUCUAUUUUAUGUGUUGCCAUUGCGAAUACGAGGUAGUUGCAGCUACAACAACCUGCUAGAUAGCAGCUAAGUUAGCGCUGGCUAGCUUAGUUCUCUGGGACCUACCCGUCCGCUUAAUAGCUAAAAGCCCAUAUAGCAAUAGACUCGCUUUUAGUUAACUCGAAGAGACUGUUUAUACCACAUUUCCAGAGGAAAAGGCGCAAGCUUUGCGUCAAUUUCUACAGAACAUAAUGACCAACUACAGAGCUUUUCAUACGCAACUGUCGUCCAUCAUGGACGCAUUGACCAAAGCAGCGGUGGCUGAAGUCUGCGAGCUCGUCGAUGACAGCUAUGCUGUUUUACAAUUGGAAAUAUCUCGAAGCCACAAAGAGAAUGAGGCAUUGAGAAGGAAACUCGAGCUGAUUGAAACCAUCAUUGCGCGUGGGCAGAGGGGGAACAUGUCUGAAUCAAACCACCAAGAUAACAAUCCAUUGAUGUUGUGCGAUUCCAUCAAUGCAGAACGUCCUUCAUCUGGAAAGGCUGCCUGUACCAAGCAAACAAAUGAUAAUCUAAGAAGAACUGGAACGAUCACAGCUGUUCAGGAAGCCACAGAACAAGCCACAGAAGAAUCUGAAAAUAAAGAGGUGGUGUUACAGUUACCCGAGGAGAGCAGACCGGACGUAGUCCUGAUCAAGGAGGAGAAGAUGAUCGGGGACUCAGAUGCUUGCAAUGACACUCAGGAUAUUCUGCUGAUCAGUGAAGAGGGUACAGAGGCAACGUCUGUCAAAAUGGAUAACAGUGAAGAAGGGCUGUCUCGAUUGACCCCGUCCUCCCUGCAGACCAGGUUGAGGGACUGGGACCGAGGUGGAGAGGACAGCAGCCACCAGUCUGAGCAGAGGAUCGAGGGCUCUCAGAAGACUCCCCAGGGCUUGCGCUCCGAGUUCACGGCUGGCCGAGAGAACCCGCUGGGCUUAGACUACAUGCUGCGUGAGACACCCAGCGAGCCUGGGUCCUCCAGUCCACGAGGGGGCGACAGCGAAAUGGAGACAGUGGAACCCAUUUAUGAUUUCCAGUCGGAAGCUGACGCAGACGUCGCAGCUACUCACCCCGCUAGGAAACGAUUCCCGUAUGAACCAGACAGUAGUCAAAAUUCUGUUGCUGGGAAUUUUGAAAUGAAAAGAGGUGUUUCGAUGGUCAGCUCUCUGCCAUACAAUGUGGAACUGGAUAUGUGUUCUUCGUGGAGUAACCAGGGCAUGCCAGGAAUGGUUUCCAUGCAACACGGGCAAUAUCUGAAACCGGACCGCAGGGAAUUGCUUAUUGACAAGGUUGCAGACUUGAACUCUUCCCACUACCAAAUGACCGCCGCAGGACUUCAAACCACAGCCAAGUACGACAAUAGAGAGAACAAGCGUUUUAUUUGCACCUUCUGCAGCAAGUGUUUCACGUCGUCACGAAGUCUUGAGACACACCUGCGGGUCCACACAGGAGAGAGACCGUACAGCUGUGCCCAGUGUGGGAAGAGGUUUACCCAGUCUGGCCACCUGAAAACACACCAGAGCGUUCACACUGGAGAGAGGCCAUUUGCCUGCGAGCACUGCGGUAAAAGAUUCGCCGGGAAACAAAACCUGAGGCUGCACCAACAGAAACACCACCCUAAUCUGUGAAGUAACAUGCAUUAGACCCGCAUUAGACCAGAACCCUGAUAGUGUUUUAAUGUUGAAGUACGGACAUUGAAGAUUAUUGGGCGUGCUUGUAUUUUCAUACUAAUUGUGUUGAUGAAUGAACUGAGAAACACUGUGGAGUUACGUUAGGACGCUGUCAUAGCUUCAGUUUUCUUUGGUACAAUUAAGAAAAUGUAAUCCAAUUUAUAAAGCCAUUCGAUGAGCCAUGUAUUACCUCUGGAAUGUAAUUUGAAAAUUAACAAGUAAAUUCCGUAUGAGUUUGUUUGCUACCAUAACAGUUUAAAGGAUCCAUAAGAACCAUUGUGUGUAUUUUCAAAUGUGUUCAUAUCCUACUCUGUAUAUUCGCCCCCCAAAAAAGAUCUUCUUCAUCAAGGGUUGUAUUUAUAUGUAACAAUAUAACGUUGUUAGUGUGCUUGCAAGAAGACGACUCAUGUCAAGUAAGGAGCCUGUUUCUCAAAAGCAUCUUAUGUUUUGAUGAAUCCCUUAAGUUAAUUAAAAAACAAAAGAUGCUUUUUCGAAAAAUGGCCCCAGAACUGUAACACAAUGUGUUCUCACAGUAAACCUACCUUAUAUAACAAAUAUACUUUUUUCUUUACUGUAUUCGUUUCUGUUUACUGAGGGCAUUAAUUAUUAUAGUUAUUUACUCAACUAAUCAUGAAACAAGCUGUAUAGUCCAGCAAAUGAGAACCUAAAAUAAAUACGUCAACCAUUUUAUGAUGGCAUUAUUGAAGUGUGCAGGCAGUCUGAGAAGCAUGUCAACCCUGGAGGAUAACUUAUUAAAAUGGCUGCAAUUCUUAUUUCCUGUUGAAAUAAAAUAGAUUAAAAUC